CUGCAUCUUCCUGGUGACCUGGUGGCUCGUUUGGACCUUGAGACCCUGGACGGACUCACUGAGAGAUCACGUCAUGAGCACCAAACCUGGCAUGUCAUUCAGGACACCAGUGGUCGGCCAUGUUUGUGGAGGGCGUGACCCCGGCCUACCAGGGCUGGGAUAUCCCCACGUCAAGGUGUCUAUGAAUGAUAUGCCUGUUUUGCUCUCACGCAGGCCUUAUCUACACCCCCCCGACGUGGUUGCCUGGCAACCAGGCGGGUCGCGGGGUAUGGCGCUCUCUGGAGUUGACGUAGUUUUCACGAUGGGUGUUCCCGCACCCUGGGAUCGGGUCUCGUCACCGUUUGCUGGCUUUUGGCUCACUUUCUUCAGCGUGCUCGUCCACGCCGACAACUCCAGGCGACCAGGUGGGAGUACCUGCGUGCAGGGAAUGUACAAAAGUCGCUGAGAGUGUCAACUCGGAACGCACCCAUGGAAAAUACAUUCAGUUUCCACGAGCAGGCCUCGGACUCGUCAUAUGAAGACAACGAUGCAGCCCUCCCCUCGCCACUGACAAUGACUCCAGCAGACCUCCGUGAUGUAGAGAUCGGGAGGAAACGUGACAAUAACGAUGAAGCACCUGUACGUACGUACAACAUCCCCAAAGAUUCUGAGGCCUUCCUCAACCUCAACACCAAUGCCACCACCAGAGGAGACGCUCAGGCGUACGUGGAGCUCAACGAGCUGCAGGGUAACACCUGGCAGGAGACGGGCCGCUGGGUGGGCUACGAGGAGAACUUCAACCCCGCCACAGGGAAGUGGAGUCCUUCUCACGUGCCCUACCUCACGUUCAAGAGUCUCAUCCAGCUACGCAAGACCAUGAGCACAGGUGCCGUCAUCUUCGACCUGAACGCCAGGAGUCUGUCCGCCGUGGCCGAGAAGGUGGCCGACGAGCUCCUCAGCAAGAACGAGAUCCGAGCCAGCGAUCGAGACGCUGUGCUCAGAGCUCUCCUCAUGAGACGCAGCCAAAUCGAGGGGCCGGUGGUCACCCCUUCAGGAGACAUCCAGAUGCAGACUUUUUCAGUUCCUCAGAAGAGAGACACCUCUGACAACAUGGAGGCGUCCAUCGUGCUCUCAGGUGUCCUUGAUCUCCUGGAGAAGCCGGUGGUGGCUUUCGUCCGACUGAGAGACUCCGUGGUGAUGGAGUCCACCCUGGAGUGUCCCGUUCCCGUCCGCUUCGUUUUUGUCCUGUUGGGUCCCAGCCAGAGCGAAGUGGACUACAGUGAGAGCGGGCGCGCCAUGGGGGCUCUCAUGGCCGACUGGGUGUUCUGCUUGGAGGCGUUCCUGGCCGAGAACGACAAAGACCUGACCAACGCCAUAGCGGACUUCAUGGACUGCAGCAUUGUCAUCCCCCCCACUGAGAUCCAGGACCAGGGAAUGCUUGAGCCCAUCAUCAAGUUCCAGAAAGGGAUGCUGCAGGAGAGGCUCCGCCCCAACGACACCCGUCUCGCCUUUGGGGACAGGAUCAAAGUCGAGAAAGCUGCGGAGCCCCCGAAAGAAGACCCCCUGGCUCGUACCGGAGUCCCCUUCGGUGGGAUGGUGAAAGACAUUAAGCGCCGUUACCGCCACUACAUCAGCGACUACACUGACGGCCUGAACACUCAGGUCCUGGCGGCCGUCAUCUUCAUCUACUUCGCCGCCCUGUCGCCCGCCAUCACCUUCGGAGGACUUUUAGCUGACAAAACAGAGAGGAUGAUGGGCGUGUCUGAGCUGAUGAUCUCCACCAGCAUCCAGGGCGUCAUCUUCUGCAUCAUCGCCGCCCAGCCCGUUCUCGUCCUCGGCUUCUCCGGACCGCUGCUGCUCUUCGAGGAGGCCUUCUUCAGCUUCUGCAAGUCCCAGGAAAUCGAGUACAUCGUGGGCCGGAUCUGGGUGGGUAUUUGGCUGGUGGUGAUCGUGGUCAUCAUCGUGGCCGUGGAAGGGAGCUUCCUGGUCCGCUUCAUCUCCCGCUUCACCCAGGAAAUCUUCUCCAUCCUCAUCUCUCUCAUCUUCAUCUAUGAGACAUUCAAUAAGCUCAUUAAGAUCUUUAAGGCCCACCCCUUGAUUCUCAACUACAAACCUCUCAACACCUCAAACCCCUUCUACCAUGAGGUCACCAAUAACACCGUCAACAACACCAGCAAUGGGACAAUCGCCGUGGCGUUGGAGCGGCCGGCCUAUCCUAACACCGCCCUGCUGUCCAUGUGCCUCAUGCUGGGCUGCUUCUUCAUUGCCUAUUUCCUGCGACAGUUCAAGAAUGGCACUUACCUGCCCGGCCCGCUGCGACGCAUGAUUGGAGAUUUUGGUGUCCCCAUCGCCAUUUUUAUCAUGAUAGCUGUGGACAUCAGCAUUGAGGACACUUUCACUCAGAAACUUUCUGUGCCAAAAGGUGUCCAAGUGACCAACCCCUUGGCCAGAGGCUGGUUCAUCAACCCGAUGGGGGAAAAGAAGCCUUUCCCAGUUUGGAUGAUGGCCGCCUCCUGCGUACCGGCGCUGCUCGUCUUCAUCCUCAUUUUCCUGGAGUCCCAGAUCACCACGCUGAUCGUCAGCAAACCGGAGAGGAAGAUGAUAAAAGGGUCCGGCUUCCAUUUCGAUCUGCUCCUCCUGGUCACCAUGGGUGGCAUCUCCUCCAUAUUUGGGGUGCCCUGGCUGAGUGCCGCCACCGUGCGCUCCGUCACCCACGCCAACGCGCUCACCGUCAUGUCCAAGGGCCCCAAACCGGAGAUAGAAAAGGUGGUGGAGCAGAGGAUCAGCGGCAUUCUCGUGGCCAUCUUGGUCGGUGUGUCUAUCUACAUGGAGCCACUCCUGAAGAUGAUCCCCAUGACGGCUUUGUUUGGCAUCUUCCUCUACAUGGGGGUCACGUCCCUGAGUGGGAUCCAAAUGUGGGAUCGGAUUCUUCUCUUGAUUACGCCCAAGAAGUAUUACCCACCGGACGCCUACGCCACCAGGGUGUCCAGCAUGCGGAUGCACCUGUUCACGCUGAUCCAGCUGGUGUGUCUGGCCGUCCUCUGGGUGGUGAAGAUCAGCCCCUUCUCCCUGGCGCUGCCCUUCAUCCUCCUCCUCACCGUGCCCCUGCGCAUGGUCAUGACCGGCACACUCUUCUCUACUUUGGAAAUGAAAUGCCUGGAUGCGGAUGAUGCAAAGGUGAAAAUUGAGGAAGAUGUCGGUGAGGACGUGUACAAUGAGUCUCCAUUGCCGUGAAGAAAAAAAAAGUUUGGGUUUUAAGGUGAAUUCUAUGGUAUCGAUUAUUCAAAAAAUAAUAAUAUUGGAUAUCUUCAAAAACAAUGUUUACUUAUCUGUUUAUUUUGAAAUGUUGCAAUCACUAUCUAUCCCUUUAGCCUAAUGAUUAAGUUCAAAUGAAGUUAUCUCACAUUAUUCUCCAGUUCCAAGCUUUCAGGUAGUGUUAGUUUUGUGAUCGUGUUCUUCUUUAUAUUAGAUCUUUGAAAUGUGAGGUAAAAUAACUUGAACGCAUCCUUUCUGUCAGGUUUUCAUGUUGUGUGAACAAAUGAUCAGCGUAUUUUCAUUCCCUUGCAAAAAGAUGUUUGCCUUCUGUGAGUUUUAAAAGGUGUUUCCUCUAUCUAGUUGAGUAUAGUAUGAAGAUAUAUUCCGUUAUAUCUGAUUUUAAUUCAUGCUUUUGAGCCGUAUUUGGAAGAUUGUGUGUGUGUGUCAAUGCUUUUCAUGAGACUCAGUGGUGAAAUAAUAAGAUUUACCUGGUGCUGCCUAUUUAAAAACAAUAAAACAUUUAUACAACUUUGUUUAGUAAUGUCUGUGCAAAAUAGUAUUGUAUAUGCUUAGGAUUUUACAACAAAAUAAAACCC